AUGAGAUCACUUGCUUCAAGGCAAUAUGUUGACAUGUCUCGGAUAAGGAUCGAGGGACUGCUUGCAGCAUUCCCAAAGUUGGUUGGAACUGGAAAGCAACAUACUUAUGUUGAGACAGAAAAUGUUCGUUAUGUUUAUCAACCAAUUGAAGAGCUGUAUCUGCUACUCAUCACAAAUAAGCAGAGCAACAUCCUUGAAGAUCUGGACACACUGAGGCUGCUCUCCAAAAUCGUACCUGAAUACUCCCCUUCUUUGGACGAAGAGGGUGUCUGCAAGGCCGCGUUCCAACUUAUAUUUGCUUUUGACGAAGCCAUUUCUCUUGGAAACAAGGAAAAUGUAACUGUUCCACAAAUUAAACAAUAUUGUGAAAUGGAGAGCCAUGAAGAGAAGCUGCACAAGCUGAUCAUGCAAAGCAAGAUAAAUGACACUAACGAUCUCAUGAGGAGAAAAGUUACUGAGAUUGAGAAAAACAAGAUUGACAGAGGCAAGACUGGGGAAGGAUUUGCUCCGACAAGAACUCCGAAUAACUUUAAUGACAUGAACAUUAGAGGUGGUCCAGGGUCAGAGAUUAAUCCUAUAUUUACUGACAAGACAAGAGGGCGAUCAUCUGCUCCUUCUCCUGCUCCUAUUAAAAUGCCUGGUGCAAUGAAAUUAAGUAAAGCACACAAGCCAAAUCAGUUCCUGGAGUCUUUGAAAGCUGAAGGAGAAGUUAUUCUGGAGGAUACUCAACUAAGCACAAUUCAGUCAAGGUCAUCAUCAUCUAUUCUACCAAGUGAUCCUAUCACAGUGACCAUUGAAGAGAAAUUGAAUGUCACAGUUAAAAGGGAUGGCGGAGUUAAUAAUUUUGAUGUUCAAGGAACCCUUGCUCUCCAAGUUCUUAAUGACACUGAUGGUUAUAUCCAGUUGCAGAUUGAGAACCAAGAUGCACCUGGACUUAGCUUCAGGACGCACCCUAAUAUUGACAAACAGCUGUUCAACGGCCAGAAAAUUGUUGGGGCAAGAGAUCCAACAAGGCCUUUCCCCAGUGGUCAAAAUGAAACACCCCUGGUGAAAUGGAGAAUCGAGGGGUUGAAUGAGUCUUCUCUGCCAUUGACAGUCAGUUGCUGGCCUUCAACAUCUGGAAAUACAACUGUUGUGAACAUUGAAUAUGAAGCUUCAGACAUGUUUGAUUUGCACAAUGUUAUCGUCUCUAUCCCUCUACCCGCACUUAGGGAUGCUCCAAGUGUAAAGCAGAUAGAUGGAGAAUGGAGGUAUGACUCAAGAAACUCUGUGUUGGAAUGGUCUGUUAUGCUUAUUGAUCAAUCCAACCGAAGUGGUUCCAUGGAGUUCUCUGUUCCCGCUGCUGAUCCAUCGACAUUUUUUCCCAUCUCUGUUGGAUUUUCUGCAUCAAAUACAUUUAGUAACGUGAAGGUUACUGCCAUCCUUCCAUUGCAGGGAGGAGGAGACACGGGGAGGCUCAAGGACCGCAAGGGCACCGGCAGCGGCGACAGCUACAAGGUGCUGCUCCUGGACGACCCGCGCCACACCGAGAAGCACGUGGAGACGGCGCUGCCGCAGGUGGUGCCGUCCGUGACCCCCGAGGCGGCGCGGCAGCUCUUCCACGAGUCCCGCCAGAAAGGCGCCGCGCUCGUCAUCGUCGCCGUCAAGGAGCAUGCCGAGUUCUACGCGCAGAUGAUGGUCCGCCACGGGCUCCGAUCCGCCAUCGAGCCCGAAUCCGACAUGGCAGCUUAA